AUGUGUAUUGUCAAACUCCCUCUGGAGAUCCUCCAUGAAGUCGUUAAGUUUUGCAUUCCUGAAGAAAUCGACCAAUUGUCAGAGACCUGUAGGACUCUCUACCAUGCGACACAACGGUUCCGUGCGGACCACUUGUUGAAGCGCCGCCAGUAUACCGUUUUCCGAUAUCAUAAUGGGAUGAAUGACGAUGACGAAGAAGAAGAAGAAGAAGAAGGAAAGGACGGCAACGAUGACCAUAGUGAUGGUGGCAGCAGCGGCAACAAUUCCGAGAAUCACCAAUUGCGCAUAUCCCACUGUGUCGAAUUACUGCUAAAAAUUGCUCAAGAACCGCUUAUUGCGCGUUAUAUCCAAAUUGCAGAUCUUCGCGGGGAUUUUGAACCGUAUUGCAGGCCCGACGAAGAAUAUCACAUUGCAUAUGACGAACUAGUUUCACGGAAGACAACUAUCAUGGAACUGAUCGAGGCGUGUCCCUUGUUGCGAGAGGCGGAAGCCGAUGCAACUACAUUCUGGGAGCAUAUGGUCGAUGAAGACACCAAGACAUUUUCACCAUCAUAUGUCACGUUACUUAUUCUGUCCUUCAUGACCAAUGUCAGAAAAUUAGCGCUUCCCAUGCACAUGUCAAAGACAAGCAGUGCUGAGGAUGCUCUGUUCAGGAAGGUGGCUGAUACCAUGGUCAGGAUAGCACAGACCACGAACACAAAAACUGGAAGCCGAGACAUAGCUCUAGCUAAACUAAGAACUUUACUUCCCAUGACUGGGGCUGACUAUGAGGACAAGGUCGCUCUGCAGACUUUGGUACCUUUUAUGUCUAUUCCUUCAGUGGUUGAAGUUCUAGGCAGUAGCUGUGUUGCCCUCGACGAUGGUUACACUGGCUACCCUUUCAAUCCUGACUACGAAAGCUUUGGGAGAAGCCUCGAGCGAUUGGAACUGAUGAGUAGCACUGUGGGCGUCCGCGAAAUAAGAACACUGCUGCAACAAUGUUCGAAAGUCAAGGUGUUCAAGCUUGACUACACAGUCAAAUGGCAUGGGUGUGGGUGGAAUUGGAAUGCAGGUCAUUUUAUGCGUGCUAUCGAGGAUACCUGCAGUGAUACUCUAGAAGAUUUAGGUAUCGAUAUUGGUGGGGAUGUCAAUGACAUAGGUACGGGUAUUGUCUCUAUGAAACGGUUCAGAAGCCUCAAGCGGAUCGAGCUCGAUGUGCAAGUGUUUCUAGGCGUCCCUUGUGGGGGAGAUAUUGACCAAGCCUGGGAUUAUGACACCACCGAUGAGGCUCCCAUGGGUGAUCCGGAGAUUCCGAAAGUUACGGAUUUGUUGCCUGCAUCUGCGGAAAAGCUAUUGCUUUUUGCACAAGAUUAUGAUGAACAUGCGGAAUGCCUUGAAGCGUUGUUUGCCGGUGUAACACAGGCGGAACGCGAGAAACAUCUACCAAACCUCAAAACCGUCGCAGUCAAGGUCCGAACGCAUAGUCGUCUAAGCCUAAGUUCUCCUGCAGACCGGGCUUCAGACUCGGAGGAGGCCAGGACAUUCGCUUCUAAAAUUCGAAAUAAAUUCGAGGUCGCUACGAGCGCAAUCAAUCGCUUUGGAGGCCGCAUGAGUUACGUCCGACAUUCGAAUAUGGUCAGCUUUACUCCUGAAAUAUUCAGUUAUCUUUAG